UCAUUCGGUGUAUUGUCUUUUUUUAAUUAAUGUAACAGGUCAACAUAACUUUCGUUUCCGGUGACGUCACAUCUGCUUUUGGGUGGCCACGUGAUUGUGUUGAGAAUUCGGCAAUCUUCGGGCCGCUCACGUAAUGGUUCUUCUGGCUGAUAAAUUAACAGUUACAUCACGGUUUUAGUUCACAGCUUCGGCUGCGGGACGUAUUACUGAUAGAUAAACCCAUGAAGCUUCAUUUGGAUCAGGUCAGCUAGAUAAGGGCCAGUGUCCAUGUCGAACUGGUCGUGGCCCUACAGAAUACAUGGAUGUAAGGGGUACGAGGGAGAUGUAAUGUCCCCUGCCCCCCACACUUCCUCCAUAUGUACUUUUUUCGGUCGUUACAACUGUUUAAUCUGUUGUUGACCGUGUUUGUCUGAGACGUCUUAAAACGCAGCAUGAGCGUACACCUACACUACAUGUUUGCCACACCUGUUAUUUUUGUGCAUAACACCAGCUGGAAACGUGCAGCGGAGCAGUGCUGCACGGUGUGACACAAUCAAAUGCAAAAAAAAAAACAAAAACAACUUUGUACAAUUUUCUUUCAAACAAACCGUGUAAAUCGAGUAAUUCUGUUACAUGCAUAAUGUUAGCUUAAUAAUGACUAUAGUUAAUCCAUGCCAAUAUAAUAUUAAACUGGUAAGUCGAGGGCUGUCUAAAUCUUAAUUUUUUUUAAUUUGCCUAUUAUUUUGUAUUUUAUCACUUCAAAUAUGCGAAUACAUACACAUAAUCUCAUACGUCAAAGCUUUUAUUUUGAAAUGAAAAUCAAUGUAUUUUUUAUUGUCGGUCUCUUAAGGAAAAACCUAGUUGCCAAAGCAUAAAUAAACCCUUAAAACAGCUAUAUAUUAGUAAAAUAAUAACAAACAAACAAACAAACAAACAAACAAACAAAAAAAAAUACAAAUCCCACCCAAAUAUAUCCGUUCGCUUCAAGCUCCACUCAAAAAGACUUCGGAUCCUGCGAAGCAUCCGGAUAUCAGGUCCCGUCACUACCGCAGUAAUAGUUAGGGGCGAAUAAAGGAGGGGAACCAACAAGCAGACAGCUGGGUGAGACAGGAAAAGAAAUCCAGAGAGAAUAUCGGUCAAAAAUCCAGCUGUCACCGCGCUCUCGCAAAAUGGAUUAUCAGCGUUUAACGAGCUACGGUCAGCAUCAAAAUCACGGCGUUGCCAACCCAGGUUACAUACCAGCAGCAGUGGGACCAGCAGCAAUGCUUGCCCCACCUGUCGGGGAGCAUCCGGGCCCCAGCGCUCCUCCGGCUGGCAUGUUUGACAACAUGCCUGGAUAUGAAGGGACGGUGGUGGGAGGAGGUGGGUUUCUUCCACCUCCCAUGCCUGCUCAACCAGUCCCCCAGCCUUCACCUGGACCUGAACAGCCACACUGGAGUAUCCCGUCUAUAAGUGAAGAUACUGCCAGAGAUGCCUUUAGCCUGUAUGUUUCCAGCAAAUGUUGCUACAGUUCUGCGCCAGUAAAGGACGGUGUUAUCAUCAACAUGGAGUCAUUCAAUACUUACAGGUAUCGCCUAGAAACAUUUACUGAAUCCAGGUCUACAGAGUGGAGCCAUGAGCCAUACAACGGCCAGCCAGUGGACGCCUAUGUUCAGCACCCUCCAGGACCGUGGGACCUUCCGGCCAGAGCACCGACUUUUUUUGUGGACGGGGAACAGAAAAUGAAAGUUCCCUACACCUCAUCUAUGAAGCCUUGCCAUGACUGUGUAGGAAUGGGGAGAAAACCUUGCAAAGACUGUGCAGGCUCUGGUAAUAAAGUGUGUUGGGUGUGUAAUGGAUCUGGUUUUCGUCAUGGACAUGAUCGAUGUCAUCACUGCAGCGGAAGAGGGAGGGAAAAUUGUUCACAAUGUCAUGGGCAAGGAUCAAAGCAAUGUACCACAUGUCAAGGAAAACAGCAGCUUUUGGUCUUCAUCUGCCUCACUGUGAAAUGGACAAACAACUCUGACAAUUAUGUUGUUGAACAAUCAAGCGGUCUUCAGGUGUCAAACCUCAGUCAAGUGUCAGGCAAGGAGCUCUUCAGGGACUCUCAGUACUUGGUGUAUCCAGUCAUGGGCUUCCCAGACCCUACGAUAGUGCAGGCUGCACAGCGACUUGUUGGGGAUCAUCAGGGCAAGUUCUCACGGACAUCACGUAUCCUACAACAGCGUCAAACCAUUGAAUUGAUCCCCGUCACAAAGGUCACCUAUACAUGGAAAGGAAAAACGUAUAUUUACUUUGUGUACGGAAAUGAGUACAAAGUUCAUACGGAUGACUAUCCUGCUACUUGCUGCUGCUCUGUAAUGUAACUGAGAUUAACAUAGCAUUCUGAUUAUAUAACCAAAUGUAAGAAAUCAACUAUUUACAAAAUCUUUUAAAACAUAGAUACAUUUUUGAACAGGGAGUCAAAUUACUGUUGUCAACUAAAUAAUUUGGAAAAAGCGUCAACUGAGGCAGCAGUUGUGAACCAGCUGCAUCACCCCGUCAAAGUUGAUCAAAGUUUAAAUUAGGCAGUCUGGAAAACUGUCUGGUCAUUUAACAAGUCCAUAAUUUUUCCAGGUUAAAGGGACCAUUUUGUUAUCUGCGCACCAUGUAGAAGACAGUAUUAAUGUUGAUACAAAUGUGUGAUGACACUAUUUCUCUUAAUGAUGGCUACUAGUUUAAAGGUUUUGAAACCUCCUGCGCUGACAUUACAAAGUGAGACAAUUUAAGAAAAAGACAACUAUGAAGUGCACUGACAAUUUAAAAACUAAAGGCUGGGAAAGUAUCUGUUUUGUCUUUUUUCCACCCCAGCAAAGUACAAAUUCAUGGGCAUAUUGCAUGUUAAUCUUUAUGUUGUCUGUGUUUUGUUGUUUGGAUGGAUUUAACAGAUUAUCUUCUACUUUUGUUUGUGAUAGAAUUUGUUGUAAAAUAAAUAAAGAGCACCACAUUAUUGGAGACAAAAUAAGAUUUAAUCUGUAUUACUUUGCAUUUAUGUAAGUCGAUGGAUCUUUAUGAAGUAAUUUACAUUUAAUAUCAAUUUAAAUGUGCUCUAACAGUCACUGGCACCUGUAUUCUAAAUGUAGAGAUUUAUUUCCAUUAAACAUUAUGCAAAUAUUUUACAACAAUGUAUUUCAUGCAACAUGAAAAUUCUAUUUCUAAGAAAAUAUUGUGACGCUUAUAUUAAAAUUCUUGCAUUAAAAUGAAGGCUAUUUUUGCAACAUUG